AUGCCAUACUUGAAUUCCGCACAUUCCCCCACCGUCCCUUCGCCGUAUACCCCAGAACAUCAUCAUACUGCUCCUCCAGCACAAUACAAUGGCGGUGUUCACCAGUCAAACGGCCUUCCACCACCGGCGACCGAUCCAAACCAGCACCGAGGCAGUGGUGACUUCCGUGGUGAAUUUCGUGGUGACUUUGACGAAUCUAGGCGGAGCAGUGUCACAAACAGCAUUCAUCAGGGCAUGAACAACCUCGUCCUUGGCCCAACCUCACCCUACACCACGUCCAAUGCCUCUCAAGCAUCACUGGUAUCCGGGCUUCAAAGAGAAAGGGGCAUACAGACAAAUGGAUACGGUGGAGGCCGGUAUUCGACAAUGAACGGCCCGAUAUCCUCUUCCUCCUACAAUUCUGUCCGCGGAGGGCGGAGCGGGUUCUCUGCUGGGCGUGUUGCACCUCCAAUUUUGGAAAAUCCCAAGCAAGAAGUAUACAGUGCAGAAGCUCCCACUAGAGGUCAAGCUUAUGCAUUUCCUGAUCCUGACGCUGGUCCAACACCACCACGGCCACAAGGUCGGGCGCCGUCCACAUUUUCGCGAAGGAACAGUUUCGCAGAGUCUUUUACCAGUAGUGUUAUGACGGUAGAAUCGUCCAGAUUACCUCCGGGUCAGCAAGAACUUCCAGAAGCCCAUCAUCAUAGCCUACAGCACAAACAGGUUGACAGUCUACGAGAUGAUCCUGAUUCGCCCAACGGCCAGACACCAUACAGUCGGACACCGGAACUACGAGUCACACACAAACUUGCAGAGCGCAAGCGACGUAGUGAAAUGAAAGACUGCUUUGAGCAAUUGAGAACUCGUUUGCCGACGGCUCAGAACAACAAGUCCAGCAAAUGGGAGACAUUGUCGCGUGCAAUCGAUUACAUCACACAGCUUGAGAACGACAACAAGCAGCGGAGGCAUGACUAUGAGAACCAACGGAUCAAGAUCGCCGACCUCGAAGCCAAGAUGCAUGAAAUGAGUCAACAAAUGCGAAACAUCCAACAAUCUCAGGGCUCUUUUCCUCCUCCGCCGAACGUACUGCCACAGAGUCCUUUGGGCUACGGGUCCCAAUUCAGCAACCAUAUUGAUGGCUCUAAAGAACCCGCCCGAACACUACCGCCAUUGAUGAACAACAACUCUAUGCAAGGCGUACAAUACGCGGAAGACCGCCGGUAG